GGUUUACCAAGUUGAAAGAACGCAAAGCGACGCGUCAUGGCGAAUUUGAAUUAGAUUUCUUAAAUUUGGCUCUCAUUUCGCGUGUCGCGUGUCGCGUGUCGCGUUAGUUAUUAAAUUCGGCUCGACGCGUAUUUACGAGCAUUACAAUUACUCGAGCUGCGGUUACAACUGCACCAGUAUACGUACGUCGUACAGUAGCUACUUGUAAUCGUGAUAAGUGGAGCGCCACGCCGAACCAGUAUAGUGCUCCUGAUAUCGACUAUACUGCUCGUUGAUUGCUCGAAUAAAGGCUUCGGCACGUUGGUGCUAGUUUUUGGAUAGCAAUAGCAUUGUCUACCUCGUGCGGCUGGCCAAGUGUAACUUGGUGAAGGCGAAGGCUACGGCGACGCUUGGCAGAUUAGCAAAAUAAAAUACCUAAAUUGCGGCGCGAUCUCGCGAGAAAAACAGGUCCGGCGAAGAGGCGCAGUGUCCACUGCAUAUCCAGCGCUGCGAUAGUGAUUUACCAUGUCGAUUUGGCCGCGUCCAUCGAGCGAUGAAUACUCGUAAUGCUGACAAAGUGGUGGCCGUCGAUACGAAAUGUGAAAUACAACGACGACGACGACGUGGACGUCGCAGACCACCGCCGGUGCGAAUCGCAGCAGCGACUAUAGCCGAAUGCACUCAACAGUCAACUCUGAAACAGCGACCAUAGUCAGUAGUCAGAUUUACUCGUACUCGUACAACUACGAAAAAGUGUGAAAAAUGACUUCGAUACUGGCGAACGUCAAUCGAAGCGAUUUAAUCAUGGAUAGCGCAAGCGGUGCCGGUGGGGGUGCCAGUGGCAGCGUCGGUGGAAACAGUAGUGCCAGCGGAAGUGGCGUCACUGGCGUGACCGGUGGCGUCGGCGUCGGCGUCGGCGUCGGCGUCGGCAUCGACAAUGGUACUAGUUACUCUACUGGCACGUCACCGGCCAUUUGGCUUUCGUACAAUUCGAGUGGCCCGACCAGUACCAUCGAAAAUAGCAACGCUAGCAGACAUUUCGCCGAUCAUCCCGAAACCUCGGGCGCGCUCGGAAUCGAAGCGGUAAUUAUCGUGGUGGUUGUUAGUUUGAUACCAGUCAGCGUAAUCGCUUGCAUGGUGUUUGUGAUCUCGUUCAAUUGUUUGAAAAAAAGAAGCUCGUUAUGGUCGACGACGGCGUCACCUAACACAGUUGAAAGCAAUACCGUGGCUAUGCACUCGCAAGUCGCCUAUGAUGGCGGGGGCGGCGCAGGCGCAAGCGCAGGCAGAGGUGGAGGUGGAGGUGGAGGUGGAGGUGGAGGCGGAGGCAGACGAAAAUCGGCCGCGCAUUCGGUUCUCGAUUUUGAAAACUUGACCAACGCGAACCGAUUUGCAGGCGAAAACGACAACGAAAUUGCGAUGAUAGACACGCCUUUAUCGUUGAUAUAUCCGGCGGACGCUUUUUCCGCUUACAUGGACACUUCGAAGAGCAGUUUGACGACGCCGAUCAGUAGCAAUAGCGUGAUAACGAUGACGAUGCGAAACAACCAUUUGAUCGUGGAAACUGAAGAACGCAUUCCGUGCUCGUUGUUGGACGGGCAACAUUUGUACGCGGCUGGAAGCGCCACAGCCGACGGCGUGGCACGCAAUUCGGCUAAUUUUUACGUGCAGUGUCAAGUCGAGCAAUACGAGCCGAAUGACGAUAGUUUGUUCGACGACGCAGACAGUUUCUGCGAGAAUCGUUAUUGCCAACAUUCGACUUGCGGCGGCGGCGGCGGCGGUGGUGGUGGUGGUGGUGGUGAAAACGGAUGCGCCUUUUGCGACGAUAGUGGUGGUGGCGUCCUGAGCCAUCAUCGGGACGGCGAAGAUGACGACGACGACGAUGACGAUGAUGAUUACGAUUACGACCACUGUAACCGCAACCUUGCCAAUGGCAAAGAUAGGAACGCAAACGCGUUUUACGACGCGAUCGUCGCAAAAAACGCGCGUACGACGACGGCCAGCGAUAGUGGACACGUGGCCGCCGACGAAGAAGAUCAGCACGUUGAAAUUUUUCAUAAAAAUAUCGCGACUGUCGUCGCCAUCGAGUCUUGUCAGCCACCAAACGGUGUCGGUGAGGGUGAGGGCGAGGACGACACCUCGAUAGUGGACAACAAAAGUGCUGCUCGCAAUUCGAACGAAUGCCAUCUGGCGCAGCAGCAGGAGCAGCAGCAUCAGCAGCAAGCGCCGGCAUCGUCCACCGAUGUCGCUUCGGACGACAAAGAAGGCCAAGGCCGAGGCCGAGGCCCCGUCAACACUGGUUAUUCGCAAUCCGAUGCGCACGGAUGCUCUUGUUCGAGGUUCGCAUGCAGCGAAUACGCUUACCGCAACGGUAACCAAAACGAAUACGACGACGUGUGGACCAAGUGCGUUCGCAACAAACGUUUCGCUGCGUCGUCCGCGUCCGCGUACAUUACGUCCGCCGAUACUUGUUCCAAGUUGGCCAAUGCAAAUGCGAAUGCAAAUUCGCCAAUAGAUUCCGUCCAAGCGUCAUCGACGGAUUGCCUGCCGCUUUCGUCGAAUGCGAGUGCGAGUGCGAGUGGCUAUCGCAAUUCGGUCGAUUGUGACGAAGCGCCGCCAUCGCCAUCGCCAUCGCCAUUGCCACCGCUACCGCUUCCUCCGCCGAUGUAACUGGACCGACUGGACGCGUCCAAUAAGCCAUGUUCCUGUUGAUUCCGAUUUCCGUCCCUUCUGGCCGUCUGUCUGUCUGUCUGGCUGGCUGGCUGGCUGUCUGCUACUACUUGCGUAUCAACUACGUGUACGAUGGCCUCGCAGCGGAGUACAUACGAGUAGCAGUAGAUAUAUCUACAGCGUAUCUAUAGGUGAAUACUCGUAGAGAUCCGUGGCUACGCGUACGACGGACGACCGCCCGAGCGUCUAUUAACGUCAACGUCAGUCGUCAACCAGAGUCGAGAGUAUUGACUGGGUAGCUGCAGCUGCAGCUGCAGCUGGGAUACGUCUCGCGUCUCUACUUCGUCAGACUUGAUGUCAUCUUACGUGCCCGCCAAGUGCCUCAAGUGCUAAUGAAUUUACAAGUACAUACAAGUGCAGUAUGGUAUCUGACUGCUUAGUGCCUGCCUCUGCCUCUGCCUAUCCUGUAGGUACCGUACGAAUUCUUUGCGUUUUACCAUUUCUAGAUCUUAAGUCGCAAAUCGCAAAUCGCAAAUCGAAAAUUGCUACUUGUUAAUUGCUAUUCGCAUCGAUGUACGAGAUCAAAAUUAAUACAUACGUACCUACCUAGGUAAGUACAAAUUGUAUGUACGUGUACGUGUACGUGUACGUACAGAUAGGCGCGUUUAAUUGGUAGGUGUUAGGUGUUAGCAGCGGUGCGGUGCGGCGGAGUUGCCAAAUUGGCCAAAUACCGAAUACGGCUAAGUAUUUCAUUUCUACCGUUAGCGAGUUGAAAUUCGUAAAUUACCUUCCGGGCCGCUUGUCGAUCAUCGAAUCGAAUAUAGCCUUUAGAGCUAACUCUACUUGUGACCUUUGGUCCAUGGGUCGAGCCAUUUCCACUCGUACAUUGGUAGCUUCCCGCCCAGUCACGCCACGCCACUUUUUCCCAUUAUCCCUUUAACGUAUUACAUAUGUAUAUGUAGUGUACUUUAAGCUACGUAGAUACUCGACUACUCGUAUUAGGAAUUAAUCUUUUCUCGCUAUCUUUUUCUAUUGUGUUUGUUGCGCGUUUCUCUAUGUAGGUAAUAGGUAUAUAAAUGUCUACACUCUACAGGUACCUACUCGUACAUUUAAGAAAGUGCUUACUCGUCUUGUCUCUUGUAUCCACGCAUACUCGUACGACGCCAUGUACAUAAUAUGUAGGUAGGGCCUACUUAGACUUACCCACAUACGUUUGUGUAGGGUGUACGAGUAGAUACGACUACGAGUGUACUCGUAGGUAUGUGUAUACCUUAUAAUAUUACGGUAGAUUCAGCUGGAAACGAUACCGAAAUAUCAGGUUACUUCAAGUCAACUCGAACUCGAACUCGACCUCGACAUCGUCAUUUGUACUUUAUGCGUGGUGUUCUCGAGUAACGACCAAUAGGUAGUUAGGUACUCGAAGCGAUGAAUUUGUAUCGUAUGACAAAUGAAAAUGUACGUCGAGUAGGUACUCGUGUCCUCGUAUUUCAGUAGGUACACCAUACAUACGAUAUGUACGAGUACUUACCAUAUCUGCUACAGCUGCGUCAAAGUACAAAUAAUACUCGUAGCAACGAUAUCGUUAUCGUUUGCUGUUAUUUUUCUGUUUGUUCAUUUAUUCAUUUUCAUUUGUUUCAACCUCUACUUACCUUAUACCUACUUGUACUUACGUAUUCACCCAUCAUUUACCUACUAAUUUAACAAUUUGCCUAUUUAUUUAUUUAUUUAUUUAUUUAUUCAUUCAUUCAUUCAUUUUAUUUAUCUAUCUAUCUAUCUAUCUAUUUAUGUAUCGUUUACUUGUUUACGUAUUUAUACAUAUACCUUACCUAUGUAUUGUAUUGAUUUGUAUACGUACGUAUGGUAUUUAAUUCGAAUGCAGUUUUUGAUUUCGCUCCAACUCGACGAAAUACGUAUAUAUUUUUUUUACAUGUUUGUAUUUAUCACACAUACUCGUAUUAUGUACUUACUUACAUACGAUGUACGAAUAGGUAGUUAUUUGUUUUCAUUUUAUAAUUGUUUGUUUUGUUUUCUGUUUUUGUUUUUUUGUUUUUUUAAAUCAAAUCAUAAAAGUUCUUCUUUUUUUAUC